CACAGCUUGUGACACAGGACGUCACUCAUUUUGCAUUUCAAGUCCAGCGGUCUACAUAUCAAUUGUCCAAGCUCGUUUCAAGCAUGCAGUACGCCGAUCUCGAUUCUACGAUCAAGCCAGCAGUAGAGGCGGCCAUUAAAGCGAAGGCGCAUGCGUAUUGCCCUUAUAGCAACUUCCGAGUCGGAUCAGCUGUUCUGACAGAAGAUGGACAGAUAUUUGCAGGCUGCAACGUGGAGAGCGCUUCUUACGGUCUGAGCGUUUGCGCUGAACGAGUAGCGAUAAUGAACGCAGUCACCCAUGGUUACCAGUCUUUCAAAGCUAUAGUAGUUUGCUGCGACAUAAAGGGCUCCUUCGAAGGAUCAUGUGGUGCGUGUAGACAGUUUUAUGCAGAGUUUGGUCUCGACUGGGAGAUAUACCUGGUGAAACCGGACAAAACGUGGAAGAAGGUUCUCGUGAAGGAGUUACUUCCCAUGGCGUUUAGUCCCAAGUCGCUUCAAGAAGAACGAAUCACCGACAGCAGCAACUGAAGCAGAAAUUCUGUGUCGAUAUUCUAUUCAGGAAAACUUCAUUUCACGAAAUGGUGGUGGACUGAACAGUUCGCAGCGGAAACUGGUCAUUUUAGUGUUCAUUUUUAAAGAAUAGUUGCUCAUCUAAUGGGGUUUUGAGAUUGUUUUUUUCUCUCUUUUUUCAAUUUGUUUUUUCUUAUGGUGGAUUGAAUAAUUGAUUAUUCGCGGAAAUUGGUCAAAUUGGUGUACAUUUUUCAGAAAUACUUGCUUAUAGGAAAAAAGUAUUUAUUUAAUGACGGGGGCGGGACGUGGUAAAACACUCGCCUGAUGCGCGGUCGGCCUCGGGUCGAUCCCCGUCGGUGGGCUCAUUGG